AAAUUUAUAGAAUUGUUAUCAAGUGAUCAAUAUUUCAAAUAUUAAUUAUCGGUUUUAUUAAACCUAUAAAAGAAUUCAUAAGUUUUAACAUAUCUUUAGAUUUUAGUGAUAUCCUUACAGAGAGUAUCUUCUGUUAUAAUCUUAAAUAUCUUUAUUUCACUUUAGAGGUUAGCAUUUGUUGAUCAUUUGCAUUAUGCAAUCAAUCAAAUAUAUGCUUUUGAACAAUAGAAACUCACUGACAUUGUCAGCAAUUAUCACCACAACAUACUGGUGUCGAUCAAACAAAUGUCAAUCGCAGUACAAAUUAUCGGAUCUGAAUUUGUGUCCACAAUUUCUUCCGAGAACUGCUCUUAUGAAUAGCGAUGCAUUUACUAAAGAUUGGUUCACCGGUUUUGUGACAUUCCGUCCGUAUGCCAUCAAUACAGAUGAAGCACAAAAGCCUCCCGGCUAUCAAAUACAAGAAAAAAUUGGAUCCGGUAUUAUAGCCGACGAAUCGGGGAUCUGUAUCUGUUGCUGUUCUGAUGUCAACUCAUACUCACACGUGACUGUCAUCGACGAUAUAGGCAAUGAACACAAAGGAAGAGUUAUAGAGAGAAUACCGGAAAUUAAUUUGGCUUUUAUUAAAUUGGAUCAAAACGGUGGUGAAAAUUGGAAAACAGUCAAAAUGCACGACUCAUUAGAUGGCAAAUUUGAAAGAGGAGACCAAGUAUUCGGUGUCGACAGUCUGACCACAAAGCAGUGGCCAAAUCUCACAGAAGGCCAUAUUAUUGAACCGAAAAUAGAUAGGUCUUUAAUCAGAAAUUUUGAUGAUAGCAUUACCGGUAGAAUUGGGUUUCCAAUCAAUCAUUUGAUUUAUCACAAUACCGCUCUUACCGUCGGCUCAAACGCUUCAGCAUUGGUUGAUACCAAUGGUUAUCUCAUUGGUAUAAAUAUUAAAAGAUUUGGUAAGACAUCAGCAGUUGCUUUAGCUGUCGAUAAACAAUAUAUUAAUGCUCUGGCGGCAGAAGCAAAAUCUUUUGAGUUACGAUCGUAUGGUUUGGUUGUCUAUUGGUUUGACAACACUGAGGAAUCGAGAAGAAAGUUCACUGACUAUGGCAUCACUGGUAUUAAACAUUGUACUGGACUUCUCGUUUAUUACACGGCUCAGGAAACUCCUGAAUUGAAAAAGGGAAGUAUCAUCACUCAUGUAAAUGGUUGCAAAUUGAGAAAUAUGGAUGACUUUUAUCAAAUUCUUGAGACAACCACCGAUAAUCUGAAUGUUUCGGUCGAUCAAACCUCUUAUCGUCCUACGGGUUUGGCCAUCAAAAUGAAAAAAUUAGAGAGAAGUUAUUACAUCACUUAAUCACGAUUUGUCUUUA